AUGGCUGUCGAAUCCAAGUUUGAUCCCAAGGACAUGGUGUUCCGUCACCUUGGCCCCACUGGUCUCAAGGUCUCUAUCUUUUCUCUUGGAGGUUGGUUGACCUACGGUGGUACUCAGAAGGGCGACGUUGUCAAGGAGUGUAUCCAAAAGGCUUUUGACCAUGGUUGUAACUUCUUCGACACUGCUGAGGUUUACGCCAACGGCCAAUCUGAGAUCGAGAUGGGACGUGCCCUGAACGAGCUCGGUUACCCACGAGACGAGUACGUUCUCUCGACCAAGAUCUUCUUCGGUACUGGCCGUAAGGAGCCCAACACCCGUGGCCUCUCAAAGAAGCACGUCAUCGAGGGCUUGAAGAGCUCCCUCAAGAGACUGAACCACGACUACGUCGACAUUGUUCUGGCCCAUCGUCCUGACAACGCAACUCCCAUGAAGGAGAUUGUCGAAGGUUUCACCCAAGCAAUUCGCAACCUCAACCUGGCCUACUACUGGGGUACAUCCGAGUGGAGCGCCACCCAGAUCAUGGAAGCUACUCAGAUUGCCGAGAAGUACAACCUCAUUGCACCCAUCGCCGAGCAGCCUCAGUACAAUGCAUUCCACAGACAACGUUUCGAGGUUGAGUAUGCUCCUCUGUAUGACCAGUUCAAGUACGGUACUACCAUCUGGUCGCCUCUCGCUUCUGGUCUUCUGACUGGCAAGUACAAUGAUGGCAUUCCCGAAGACUCUCGCUUUGCCACCAACAAGGACUUCUUCGAGAACACUGUCAAGCAGCUCCAGAGUCCCGAAGGCAAGGCCAAGAUCGAGAAGGUCAGAAAGCUCACAACCAUCGCUGAGAAGCUCGGUGGCACCGUCACCCAGCUGAGCUUGGCAUGGGCUGCAAAGAACCCCAACGUUUCCACGGUCAUCCUCGGUGCCACCAAGGUCGAGCAGCUGGAGGACAACUUUGGAGCCUUGAAGCUGCUUGAGAAGUUGACGCCGGAGCUCAUGGAGGAAAUUGAGAAGAUCCUCGAUAACAAGCCUGCAGGACCUGCUACAUUUGGUCGCGACAGAUGA